AUUGUUUGACGUGUGUCAAUUGAGUUCAAGGUUGUAUUCAAUACAUCUGUUCCCAAAUUUAAAAAAUAUAUAUAUAGAUAAUAAAACUACAAGGAAAUGAUAAUUUUUUAUAAUCUUGGUAUUAAUUUUAUGUAACAUUUAAAAUGUCCUCAGUUUUAGGAGCCGAAUGGCAUAUAUCUUUGAGUGGAAACGAUUUUUUAACUGAAAACGGAACUAUAAGUGAUAAACAGCACCUGUAUAAUUGUGCCCUAAACACAGACUUGAAGGAAAUAUGCACCCCCAUAUUAAAUAACUUAGUAAAUGGUUCAAUGUCCAAAAUUGUUCUUCAAAUACACAAAAUCCGUAACAUUUCUGCCCCAAAAGCGAAUGAAGAAUCCCAAGCUGCACCUCGAAUGCUUAAAUUAACGUUAACAGAUGGUGACAACUACAUCCAAGCAUUAGAAUUAUCUACGAUUACUCCAAUUAAUUUGAAAAAUACUCCUCCAGGAACAAAGUUACUAAUUCAGGAUGCCAAAGUAGUAUCAGGAUUUUUAUUGUUAAGUCCCCAAAACUGUAAAGUUUUAGGAGGUAAAGUUGCUAGUUUAAUUGAAAAAUGGGAACUCACCAGAAGUGUUCAGAGAAAUUAUAGAUCAAGUAAUGAGGAUGGUCCGCCUCUGUGGGUAAACUUUGGCACUAAAAUUCAGACUGGAAAUCAAAGCGAGAACUAUAAGUCAUUACUAAACAAAAAUAAAGAUGGUUCAAAAGAGAAUUCAGAAUUUGAACAACAACGACAAGACGCCAUUGCAGAAGCAUCAUCAGGUGCAGUUAGAAAGGUGUUCAGUGGUAGAGUAAAGCAAAGUGUACAAGUACAAAAUAACACCAAUAAAAAAGCAACAGAAAAAAAUAAAGAAAAGAAAGAAUUGACGAAAGGCAAAGGCAAACCAGGAAAAGAAAAAGGAGAAAUAGAUGAAAAACCCCAGAAGCCAUCAGAAAAAGUUUCUUUAUUUGCAUUCCUGGAAGAUAAACUGCCUGUUAGUACCAAGGAAGAUACCUUUUAUCAAAAUCAACCAAUUAAAAGUGGUUUUAAAGACCCAGAAACAUGUUCCGAGAAUCCAAACAAUUAUGAUUAUAAGAAAAAGAAAACUUCAAUUCCAAAACAAUUUGAAAAACCAGAAUAUAGCAAUAAGAAAGGUCAAAAUACCAGGAAACCAAGUAAUAAUUCUUACAGUCAAUCUAAUAAUUUCUAUCCUGAAUUGACUCCACAGAAGUAUUCUGAAAACCCUGCAAAUUUUUCUUAUAAACCAAAACAUUUCAAUAGCAACCAAUUUAAAGAUUCACAAGUCAAUAAAACGCCUCAAGAAAAUAAUAGCUUUAAGUCUAUAUCUCAAAAUAACCGACCUAACUAUCACUAUAAUGCAUCUCCAGUCCAGAACUCUAAUUACAGUUAUGAAUAUAAUCAUUCUCCAAUGCAGCCCUUGAAUUCAAAUUAUCAAUAUGAGCAAAAGCCUAUUUCAAAUAAUAAUUCAAAUCCACCCAUAGUACAUUACCAACGCUCAAAUAUAAAUAAUCAUAAUCCUGAAACUAUCCCUAGUUUUCAACAAGAGUCAAUGUCAACUUCUAAUAAUAUGUAUAGAAAAACCCACCAAAAGCAAAAUGAUAUCAAUCACAUUAGCCAGGAAGUUCAAAAAAUGUCAUUGAAUAGUCAAUUUGCUAGCAGGAGUUUGAGGCAGCAUUUAAAUUUAAGUUCCAGUACAAGAAAAAAUGAUGAACUUAAUCAUAAACUAGAAAAUAGUGGCCCCACCUGGAAUGUAGGAGAUGAAAUUUUGGCUAAAUAUUGGGAAGAUGGCAAGUUUUACAAUGCAGCAAUAAUUUCAAUCACAGAUAAAACAUUUGCCGUUCGAUUCAAGGGAUAUGGAAAUAUUGAAGAAAUUCUAAAAACAGAUUGUCUACCAAUAAUGUCCAAUAACAGUAGAUCUAAUAAUAAUAACAAUCAGCAAUAUGACAAGAAUAGACAAUAUCCAGGUAUUAUUUUUUUAUUUACUUUUACAAAAUAUACUUAUAGGUUAGGUUAGAUUGUGCAGAUACAAAUUACAUAAUAUCGAUCAUCCCAUGAUUGAAUUAUUGUAAAUGAUUGCUGGAGAGUUGAAUCAUCCAUAAAUAAUAUAGGUAGCACAAAUCCUGAUUAUGUAUUCUGUAAUAAAACUUCCUUAGUAAUAAAUAUGUGAUGUUAACCUUAAAUUCUUUGGCAGGAGACUCUUCCUCAGGUACUGUUAUUCGGCCUCAGUUGAAGUAUGUAAAUAACUGGUACUCAGAUGGGGUGAACAAUUAAUAUUAAAUCGGACACUACCGGCUUUUUAACGAAUGACGUUAAAACUGAAUAAAAAAGGUGGAAACACCUUAUGAUUUAAAUUAAUAAUAAAAACUAAAACUAUCCCCGGACACCAUUAUCCAAAUAAGAAUACAAAAAGUUUUGGCAACAAAUUUAUUAAAAAAAUAACAUAUAUUAAAGAUAAGACUGGGACUUAUCUAUGGAAAUCCUGGAUGGUUGAACUCCAAUCUAGCAACUGUGGUAAAAAAAUAAAAUGAGAAAGGAAACGGGAGCACAGAUGGAAAAAACUGAAGAAGAAACGAGUGGAAAGAACAGAUUCGAAUAAAAAGAGCUUAUGCUCUAGCAUAUAAAAGAACUAUAGUUAUUAAAAUAUAACCAAACCAGAUUCUGUUCUAUUCCCCAAAUAAAUAGAGAAUACGAAUUUACCUGAAAACUAUUAUACAAAAUUUGCUUUAAAGGAAAUUACUAAAAAUUGGAAUUUUUGUGAGUACUAUAAUAAAAAAAAGUCAAAAAGAUAUUUAAAAAACUUACCAGCUAAUAUAUAGAAUAAAAUCACCACAAAUUUACUUUGAUUUAAAGUAUAGACAAGUAGAGGAAAAACUCCAUUGAAUUUCGAGGUUUUACUCAAUUUCUCGAAUGAAGUGGGAGGUCGACAAAAAAUUGAUUUCUUCAAAAACUGGAAUGUUAGAAUUAAUAAAUCAGAAGUGAUUAUUGUGUCACAAUACAUGAACCGAGUAUUCAAAAUGUUUGAAGACAAAAGUAACAAGCCGAAUGGCAUGUUACAAUGUAUUCAAGUAGGGAGGAAAUAUUUUAACAUAUUUUUUUCUUGGCAUACCUGUAUAAUAUAUUUGGUUGCAGAAAAAUGAAUUCCUGUGAAAUAUGAAAAUCAUCAAAUAAGCAUUAUCCAUUACAGAAUACAAUUUUUUGAAGUGUUAAUCACACAUUAAUAAUGCUUGCUCUUUUCAUUGGAUUUCGUUAUCAGCAAUAGACUUUUCAUAAACAUCUAAGAAAACAAAUGAAUCUUACUUCAAUUUCAGGAAAAUCAGAAAUAAAAAACUAAAGCAAAACACUUGCUAUCUGUUGAAAGCCAACAAACAUCUCAAAAUAUAGGGAGAUGGUAGUACGAAAAGUCUCUAUUAUCAUAUAGAUUCAAUCUUGAUUGCAAAACGUGCAUUCACCUAUUGUAGUAUUAGAAAAUGUUUCGUUUUGAGAUAUGUUUUUAUAUCAAUUUAUGUUAUAAUAAUUAGAUUUUAUUUGUAUUAAAUUAAUUAAUAAAUUGUACUGUGAAGAUUGGCAUGCACUUUUAAGGGUUCUUAAAGACAUCAAUAUGUAGUGAAGGAUGUAGAUCUUUGAUUAAAACUUUUUUAUGGAUCAUCCAAGAAUUGAAUUGUUACCAAGUUUUGAGCACAUUGUAAUGAGUCUUUUUUUUCAGGUUCAAUGGAAUUUAGGAGAAGUUCUAAAAAUUACAAGUAACUAUUGGCUAAAGCAUUCGUUUGACAUAAUUUGGCUAAUAAAUUUUAGAAUACUUUCAAAAAACAAUGAAAACUACUGACAAAAUCAGCCAUAUUUACUCUUCAGUUAAAGUAUUUUAUUUAACUUUCAGAAUUAUUGUUAUUAUGUUGUGAAUUUUUUAUAAGAAUAACAAUUUUAAUUUAAAAAUAACUUUAAUUUUCAUGUUUAUUUGCAUAAAAGUUCAAUAAAAUAGUAACAUUAUGUUUAUGUAAAAA